GUUUGCAACACGUAACAAAGGCAUCAUGAAUAGAACAAGUUCCGAAAACGACUUGGAGGUUUGGUCUCAGUUUUUGACCAGAGCGUUUGAAGGAAAACCCCACUUGUUGAAUAUAUUUUUUGUGAUUGUGUACUUAAUCAUUUUCUUCGUUAGUCUUAUCGGCAAUGUCCUAACUUGCAUCGUCAUUUACUCAGUGAAAUCCAUGCACACUGCUACAAAUUACUAUCUAUUCAAUUUGGCUGUUUCUGACCUAAUAGUUACGUUCACCAAUUUAGCUGAUAUUUACGAUUUCGUAACAGAGUUUUCGAAAAUUGAUGAUUUCACUUGCCAGCUAAGAUUUUUCUUCCUAACGUGUCUAUGGAAUAAUGGAAUUCUUAUGAUGACGAUUUUAGCCAUUGAGAGAUAUAUAGUCAUAUGGUAUCCAUUGCUAUUAAAUACAUCACCAGUUUGGAAACGAGUAUCAAAAGUGAUAGCGAUCAUAUGGAUUGUGGCAAUACUGGAGUCGCUACCAGAUGUAUGGUCAGUGAAAACUAUAAAGACGAAAACAAUAUCGAUAUGCUUCACAGUGCCGACAGAAGAGGCGAGGACAAUUAAUGGUGUACUUGCUUUGCUUACAUUUGUAUUACCUUUGGCGAUUAUGAUAUUUGUGUAUACCAUGAUAGCGUUCAAAGUGAAUGAGAAUGAGAAGACCAGUUCCAAAGGAAAAAUUUUCAAUCACCGUGAUAAUAGGCGAAGAGUUCACAAAAUAAUUGCAGCACUGACGGGAUCGUUUUUAAUUUGUUGGCUUCCAUUCUUCACCUAUCGUAUAUUGAUUUUCGCCUACGAUAUGCGACAAUUGAUGCAAUUUGAAUGGUGGUUUAGCACAGGAAUCAGAAUAACGUUAAUGAAUACUUGGUUUAGUGUUGUACUCAAUCCGAUAUUGUUCAGUCUCAUGUCUACUAAGUUUCGAAGAGCGUUAAAAAUGUUAUGGAGGAAAAAAUUUAAACGUGAAAGACCUUUAACAAUUGACGUCAUUGCCUGAUGCGGAGCGGAGAUUACAAUUUAUUAAUUUUUAAUUUAACUUUAAUUAUUAUUCAUAAAAUUUUGUCUUAGAACGAAUAUAAGAUAGCCAUGUAACAUAGACACAGCAUAUUAUUAUGCAAUAAUCUAGUUACUAUGUGCUACAAUAAUCUUCUAUGUAAUCUGAGUGUCGGCCACCAGAAUCUAUGGUUAACAUUUUGGCGCGAACGUUUUCUUAGUAAAUGUAUGUAAUGUGUCAGUAGUAAUCAAAUCAAAUCAAAUCAUGAU